AAACAUUAAUAUCAUUGAAGAGCUAUAGAUAUUAAUCUAACUUUCCAGUCGUAAUUCAUUCAUUGCAGGCAUUAAGUUUAGACCGUCAUCUGUUUCUUCCAUUAAUUUCCCAAAGGUUUAUAAAGUUUAAAAAAAAGAUAUUUUUUGUGUGACAUUUUAUUAAAGCAAAUAACCUUAAAUCAACCCCCUCCCCCUCUCUUUCUCUCUCUUUCUUUAUGUCACUUUUAUUUACCUCCAUCUUUAUUUUUACUCUUUUUUAAAAGAAAUUUGAACUAAAAUACUUGACACACCUUUUUGAAGGGCGUGUGGAGUAUUUUAGUUUCAUUUGCCAGGAAAGUCUUGCGGGUCUUUUUCUCCAAUUAACUCUAUCUUAACAUUUGAAGAAACAGCACUGACUUGACAGCAGGGAAUGUCAGCAGGACAGCAAGGGAUGUCAGCAGGACAGCAAGGGAUGGCAGCAGGACAGCAAGGGAUGGCAGCAGAACAGCAGGGGAUGGCAGCAGGACAGCAAGGGAUGGCAGCAGGGCAGCAAGGGAUGGCAGCAGGACAGCAAGGGAUGGCAGCAGGACAGCAAGGGAUGGCAGCAGGACAUCAGGGGAUGGCACCAGGACAGCAGGGGAUGGCACCAGGACAGCAACGGAUGGCAGCAGAACAGCAGGGUAUGACAGCAGGACAUCAGGGGAUGGCAGCAGGACAGCAGGGGAUGACAGCAGGACAGCAGGGGAUGACAGCAGGACAUCAGGGGAUGGCAGCAGGACAUCAGAGGAUGGCAUUAGGACAGCAAGGGAUGGCAGCAGGCAGUGUUCGAAUUAAGAGUUCAGAGCGCAUACCACGUGACAAAACGUUUCUAGAAUGCAAUAAACAUUUUUUUAAAGUUAUUGCUAAAAAUUAACUUCUGAUUGAAUAAGUGCUACCAGCUUUCUUCUUAAGCUAAAUGCAAUUUUAAAGAAAAAUAACACUUAGACAAUACCAUCUUUGUACAUUUUAUAGAGCGAUUGUUUGUUUCUUAAUAACUCAUGAAUAUUAGAUGUAAAAAAUAACAAUGAACAUUUCUUACCACGAGCCAUUCCCCCCCCCUUUUUUUCCCCUUUACCCUGGUUAAGCGUAUGUAUACAUUUACUGCAGUUUAUUAUACUAAAUGUAUCUUCUUUUUUUUUUACUUUGAAAAAUUAUAUUAUUAUAACUGUCAAACUAGCGUUUUCCUAAAGUAGCCAACGAGAUAGUAAUUUGUUUGUCAGCGAUAUACACCAACUGUUUUAUUGUGUUUUACUCUAGGAAAUUUGUUAAAGUCGUUCUUGAGAUCCGUGUCUGUGUUCCACUAAACCACCCAGAAGAUUUAAGGUUCCCCCAUGACGUUGUGACUUGAAUAGAGGUUUAGAGGUUUUGUAAAAUAAAAAAAUAAUUUGAAUUUAAUUCUAAACAGUGAUUUUGUGUUUUC